AUGGCAUUGAUUAUUACAGAUUCAGAAUGGGCUUGUGAUUCGAAUGAGGUGAUAAAGAUCAGGUUUGUUGACCAUAAUAACAACGACGAGGAGGAAGGAGAAAAAAAUGAAUAUCAAAAAAGUGUACGCGAAUUUUCUCCAGAAUUUUCUCAUCAAAUAUUUUCGAAUCAACAAAUAUUCGGGUAUACAAAUUUGAAAGUAAAGUUACGUUUUGCGUCAAGUAGUAUGACUACAUACUUUGGAGUCACUUAUGAUGAAAAAAUUCUUGAUUCAACAACAAAUUUAGUUGAUGAUGUUGAAAAAACAUUGAGUGAAUUAUUACCUGAUGAUUAUAUCACGAAUUAUGAUAUUUUCUUACAAAGAGUACAAACGGAUGCAGAAACAUUUAUUCCAAUGGGCGAAAAAAUUUCGGAAUAUCGCAUUGAUAAUGAUAAUAGUGAUAAAGUAUAUGAAAUUUAUAAGGCAACUUUUAAAACUCCAAGAUUUAAAGAAUUUCAUAAAAGAUUAAGAAUAUUUGUAUUAUUUUAUAUUGAAGCAGGAUCAUAUAUUGAUGAAGAUGAGGAUCAUUGGGAAGUUAUGCUUGUAUUUGAAAAAAAAAAUAUUGGUGGCACAUAUACUUAUAAUUUAGUAGGCUUUUGUACAAUGUACCUAUUUUAUUAUUUACCUCGUACAAAGAAGAAUCGUGAAAAUAAUGAAAAUAAUUACGAAAAUAAUGGAAAUCAUCAUAUGAAUGAGGAUUUGAAUGAAAAUUUCAGUAAUUGUGAAAAGAAUAAAAGGCAUUUAUUACAAAUUACUAAUAAUCAAGAUGUAUCUAUACUUAAUAAUAUAAGUCAAUUUAUAAUAUUACCACAUUAUCAACAAGAAGGACACGGUGGAAAAUUAUAUCAAACUAUUUAUCAAUAUUGUUUAUUAGAUCCUAGAAUAAGACAACUUGUUGAUCCCAGUGAACUUUUUUCAGAAAUUCGUGAUAAAUGUGAUAUGAGAUAUUUAAGAGAAAUGAAAGCAUUGGAAGGUCUUGUAGCUCCAGUCGAUAAAAAACGACAAAUGCAUCGAUGUAUAGAAAUAGAAUUAUUACAAAAUUUAAAUAAGAGAGAUCCUGUUGCUUACAAAGCUUAUCGAUUACAAGUAAAGCAAAGAGUAUAUAAUUGGAAUAAGGAAUUAUUGGAUCAAAUUAGUAGAGAAGAGCGCUUACAAAAAUUGGAUGAAACAUUUAAAGGAAUUGAGGAAGAAUAUCAACAACUUAUAUUGAAAUUGUGA